AAGGCCAUCAGAAACAAAGGUUAGCACACCACCAAACCCUUGUCCUACUACCUAUCCUUUUCUACAAAGAUUUCCUAACUUCUUUCUCUCUGCAAUCUGCAUUCAUAUCAUUUCCACCUUUUUUUGGUUUGAAAUGGUUUAAUUUGCCUAUAUAUACACACCAAACUCAAUGAUUAUCAGUCCACUGAUCAACUUAGUGGGUUUUUGAGUUUCGCUCCCUCAGAAUAUCUAUUUAAAUUUCGAGUCAUUCUUGACGGGAAAAGAUUAUGGCCCCGAGGUCCGGGAGAGUUAAAGGGAACAGAAACAAAGCAGAGAAGAAGAAAAAAGAAGAGAAAGUGGUGCCUACUCUUGUUGAUAUAGUUGUCAUCACCCCGUACGAAACACAGGUCACACUUAAGGGCAUCUCUACAGACAAGAUACUUGAUGUUAAGAAGCUGCUAGCUGUUAAUGUCCAUACAUGCCACCUUACAGACUAUUCUUUGUCACAUCAGGUAAAAGGAGAGAAUCUGGAUGAGAAGGUCGAUGUGGUUUCAUUGAAGCCAUGCUUGCUGAGGAUUGUUGAAGAGGAAUACACAAGGGAGGAAGAUGCGGUGGCCCACGUGCGCAGAUUGCUUGACAUCGUCGCGUGCACAACCCGUUACGAAAAGCCCAAGGGCGUGGGAAUCGGAUCCGGUAAAACCCGAAUUCAUGACCCGGAUAAAAAUGCGGAUCCACCGGCGUCGGAGAGCCUGGACAUGGCGCCGAUUCAGCCAAUACCCAAGCUAGCUGAUUUUUACGAUUUCUUCUCUUUUUCUCACCUCUCUCCUCCCAUUUUACAUUUGAAGAGAGUGGAGCAGAAAGAUGCACAACAUAAAACAGAUGGUGAUCACUUUGAAAUGCAGAUUAAGAUCUGCAAUGGAAAGCUUAUACACGUGGUUGCAUCAGUUAACGGUUUUUACACUGUGGGGAAGCAAUUUUUGCAAAGCUACUCCUUGGUGGACCUCCUGCAACAGCUCAGCCGAGCCUUUGCCAAUGCAUAUGAUUGCCUGAUGAAAGCUUUCGUGGAACACAAUAAGUUUGGAAAUCUUCCCUAUGGUUUUCGUGCCAAUACAUGGCUAUGUCAUCCAUCCCUCGGCAAUUCUGCUUCAAAUUUUGUAUCUCUGCCGAUGGAAGAUGAGGAUUGGGGUGGCAAUGGUGGGGGCCAGGGAAGACAUGGUGAAUAUGAUUAUAGGCCAUGGGCUACAGAUUUUGCCAUCUUAAGGAGUCUUCCUUGCAAAACCGAGGAGGAGAGGGUGGUCCGAGACCGGAAGGCUUUCUUGCUUCAUAGUCAAUUUGUCGAUAUCUCAACAUUUAAAGCUGUUUCAGCCAUACGCCAAAUAACUGAUUCCUAUAUGACUGCGACAGAUAUAUUAAUGUUUUCCCCUGGCUCAAUCUUGCAUGAGAAUCGUAUUGGGGAUUUGUCCAUUACUGUGAGACGAGAUGCUGCAGAUGCCAUCACAAAGUCAGGAAGGAACCUGUUUGAUAGGGGAUUAGCUAGUACCUCGGUGAAGGAAGUGGCUCAAAUAAGCUUAUUGAAAGGGUUAACUGCAGAUGAGAGUGUAGUUGUAAAUGAUUCCCUGUCUUUUGGCACUGUUGUAAUAAGACAUUGUGGAUAUACAGCAACUGUUAAGGUUGUUGGUGAUGUUAAGGAGGACGAGUACAACUCUAAGAGUAUAAAUAUCGACGAUCAACCUGAUGGAGGAGCAAAUGCUCUCAAUAUUUACAGCUUAAGAACUCUUCUACCCAAGUCAAGCACGACUGAUCCUUCCGGAAAGAACCCCUCACGUCAUUUGAAUGUGUCUGAUAUUGGAACUUCAAGAUAUCUGGUUCGUAAAGUGAUUAAAGUUAGCUUGAGCAAAUUGAAGGAAGAACCAGUCCAAACUGACAGGUUGAUCAGGUGGGAACUUGGCUCAUCUUGGAUUCAGCAUCUAAAAAAGCAGGAAACGUUUACAGAUGAUACUUAUAAAGCCCCUAAAGAUGAUACAUCUGACACAGUAGUUAGGGGACUUGGAAAGGAAUUUAAAAUGCUGAAGAAGAGAGAAAAGAUGGCAGGCAGUGUAGAUAGUUAUGAACAAAACUAUAAUAGAACCAGCAACUUGGAUGCAGAAAACAGCACUGAAGAAGUAAGCAGCAGUGAGUCUGAAAGUGAGGUGGAUUUGAAGAAAUUUAUCUCUGAAGAAGCUUUCUUGCGCCUGAAAGAAUCUGGGACAGGUCUACAUUUAAAGUCGGCGGAUGAGCUCAUCAAGAUGGCGCACAAAUAUUACGAUGAAAUUGCUUUGCCUAAGCUGGUAAAGGACUUUGGAUCACUUGAACUUUCACCAGUUGAUGGACACACACUAACUGAUUACAUGCACCUAAGAGGACUAAAAAUGCAAUCUUUGGGUCGCGUGGUUGAACUUGCUGAUAAGCUCCCUCAUAUUCAGUCACUGUGUAUUCAUGAAAUGGUUACUCGAGCUUUUAAGCAUGUACUUAAAGCUGUGAUUGCUUCUGUUGAAAAUGUCGCUGAUUUUUCUGCACAAGUAGCUUCUUCCCUGAAUUUUUUGCUUGGGAAUUGUACAACAGAAGACAACUGCCAUGAUUCAAGGGAGGAUCAUUAUAUUAAAUUACAGUGGUUGAGGACAUUUCUAGCUACAAGAUAUGGUUAUACAAUAAAAGAUGAAUUCCAGCACUUGCGCAAAUUAUCUAUUCUCCGUGGACUUUGCCACAAGGUCGGGUUAGAGUUAAUUCCAAGAGACUUUGAUUUGGAAAGUCAAAACCCCUUUAAAAGAUCUGAUAUUAUUAGCUUGGUUCCUGUAUGUAAGCAUGUUGGGUGUUCUUCUGCUGAUGGGCGGACUCUAUUAGAGUCUUCAAAGGUCGCUCUGGACAAGGGAAAUCUAGAAGAAGCAGUUACUUAUGGAACUAAGGCAUUGGCGAAAAUGAUAGCUGUCUGUGGUCCCUAUAAUAGAACAACUGCAAGCGCAUAUAGUCUUUUAGCUAUUGUCCUUUACCACACUGGAGAUUUUAAUCAGGCAACAAUUUACCAGCAAAAGGCUUUGGAUAUCAAUGAGAGAGAACUUGGGCUUGAUCAUCCAGACACGAUGAAGAGCUAUGGGGAUCUUUCUGUUUUUUAUUACCGUCUCCAACACAUGGAACUGGCACUGAAAUAUGUCAAUCGUGCUCUUUUCCUUCUCAAUCUUUUAUGUGGACUGUCGCACCCAAACACAGCUGCAACUUAUAUAAAUGUGGCAAUGAUGGAAGAAGGCAUGGGGAACGUUGAUGUAGCUCUCAGAUACCUGCAUGAAGCCUUAAAAUGCAACCAAAAAUUGCUAGGAGCAGAUCAUAUACAGACUGCUGCUAGCUAUCAUGCCAUAGCAAUCGCUUUUUCUUUGAUGGAAGCAUAUUCCCUAAGUGUGCAACAUGAGCAAACAACAUUACAGAUUCUUCAAGCCAAAUUGGGAGCAGAGGAUCUUCGUACUCAGGAUGCUGCUGCAUGGCUGGAGUAUUUUGAAUCGAAAGCUUUGGAGCAUCAAGAAGUGGCAUGUAAUGGCACCCCAAAGCUCGACUCAUUAAUUUCUAGCAAAGGUCACCUAAGUGUAUCAGAUCUACUUGAUUUUAUUAGUCCGGAUCAGGAGUCAAAGGGAGAAGACUCCCACAAAAAACGGCGUGCAAAGGUUUUGCCAGUUUGUGCUAAAUCCCAACAAACGCAACAGCAUGACAAAAGGAGCAACGACUCCAUUGUUCCUGCCGGUAUAGAAACUACUGGAGCCAUAGCAGAAUCCAGUACGGUAAUAGAUAAGCCAGACGUGGUUGUUUUACAAGUGCCUGAUGGCAGUGGCAUUAAUGAAUAUGACCCUAUAGAUACCGCAGAAGCUAGCUCGGAUGAAGGUUGGCAAGAAGCCAAUCCAAAAGUUCGUAUGAGACACGGUGCCUGUCAAAAAUUUGGCCAGAGGCGUUCGGAUCUUCCUAUGCUAAAAAAUGGCAAGUCUGAGUCCUACAAUCCUAGAGAGACCAGCCAUAGAAGGAAGGUCAUGUUACUAGGACGAAAGGCGCCACCAAAGACAAUUUCAACAGAACCGUCUAAAAAGAGACAGCAAAAUGUUCUCUGCUCUGGCACUGGGGAGGACACCCCUAUACUUCAACCAAGAACUUCGGUUUCAAAUGUUUUGACAAUGCAAGUUCCAAAAGUACAAACAACAUCUUCCUCUCUCACUGCCAUGGUUUCAAAAUCUUUAUCAUACAGAGAAGUUGUUGCGUCACCUCCAGGUACGAUGCAUAAGCCUUUAUUGGAGAAAGGUGAAGAAGCAAUUAAGGUAAAAACUGAUAAGCAGAUAUGCAUUAGUUCCUCUGAGAAAUCUGAGGAGAAUGGGAGUAAGAGAAUCACCGUAGAAGAAAGCAUACCAGAUGUCGAAGCUGCUAAAGAAGUUUAUAUUAGUGAAGCUCCAGAAGGUGAAACUCAGUCGGGAGAGGAUUACGAAGAAGUUCCAAAGCCAGCAUGUUCAUGCAAUCAGGAAAAUUCUGUCAGAACUACCAAAUACAAGCUUUCAGCUGAGGCUGAACCAUUUAAUCCAGGUGUCUUCCCUCUGACACACCAUGUGGCUUUUACAAGUAUUUAUGAUGUAAUAGCCAGUCAAAACAUGCUUGUAGAGCCAAUUGGAUUCCCGCCACUUUCUGCUAGGGUUCCUAGUGGACCUAGAUCAGCUCUGUAUUACAGAAUGAGCCGUUCUAUGCGUAGGAAACAUGGAUUUUUUAAAUAUCAUGUACCCCCCACUAAAAGAAGUAGAUGUGAUUUUACAGGAGUAAUGAACCCACACGCACCUGAAUUUGUUCCCAAGAAAGCUUGGCAGACAAGUGAAGUAGCCGAAGAUUCAGAAGUUCCAACAGAUUCAUAUUCAAUGACUGAUGCAGGAAUUGAUUUGCCUGCAGAAGCGAAGGCCGAUGAAAGAGUGGCUUGUUCAAGUGAAGAUGUCAGAAUCAAGAGAUGCAGUUCAGAUGCUGACAAAGCAGAGUUUGCAAGGCAGAUACUGCUUAGCUUUAUAGUGAAGUCAGUUCAACACAAUUCUGAUCCUGUAAGUCAAUCUCUGAUUGGUCAAGCGAAAUCCGAGUUCACAGAAAAUUCAACAGAAGCAAUUUGUAAUGAUAGUGCGAUCAUAAAAGUUCUCCAUGGGAGUGAAGGGGAGGCGGAACUAGGUUCUCAGAUUGGCAGAGAUAAAAAGCCGGAAACAGCUGACAUUAUGAAUGAACAUGGAGAUGAAGGAUUUGUAGUUGUUACAAAACGAAGGAGAAACAGACAGCACUUUAUAAGGUUGCACAAUCAACAACCCAUCUCUGCUUCAGUCCAUUAAAAGGACAUAGUAGAUGAUAGAUUUCCCAGUGUCCAGUGCAAGUCAGUGUGCAGGUUCUGUACUCUGUAGUACUGGGAGUCUUGCAAGAAGUACCAAGAAAGUUUCUAGCAGGUCAUGGAGGGAGAAGUUAUCAGUUAAGAACACAAUGGAAAUGCAUGGUGUUAGAUGCUCAGUUUGAUCCAUGGCGUGCGUAUACUUUCAACAACAUGAUGUCUAACCUUGCAGAAGAGUCGGAAAGAAAAUAAUUUGAAUAAGCGACUCUAAUUCUAUUGAAAGGAAGCCGGCUUGAGAUGUUCUUAAUAAUAUCGAAGAAAAUUCUCGCUCCAGAUUUUUUGUUUGAUCAAUAAUAUCAUCAGAACCAUUCCUCCUUUAUUCUCCAUCUCUCAUCUUUGUUUAUGCAUUGUUACUUAUUUUGGUUAACAAUGAAAGGAAGAAUAUGAUAAAUGUGCAA